UUUUUUUCCGAUUUUUGUUUUUUGUGUUGCUCUUCUGGGUGCCUCCAUUACAUAUUUUAUGGCAAUCUUUUUUUUUAUUUCAAAAAUCUCUUCCCACUCGUUUUUUAGCGUUGACACACACAUUUCUGACUUAAUUUCAAAGCAAUUUAACGCUCUUUUUAAGAUGCGGGAAUUUUUUUAUUGAGUUUAUUUUAUUUUUUAUCAUUUUUCUUGUAAUUCUUCUUCAUUCUAUUUUCUAAAAUAGCAACAUUUUUUGUGUGUAUUUUAAUUUUUAAGAUUUUAGGAAAUAUUUUUAGGGCGAUAAGAGGGAACCUUUUGAAACUGUGACCAAAAAAAUUUUUUUUAAUAAUUUGUUUGGAGGGGUCAAAGAUGCCAAAAAUAUUGGCACUAGUCGACCAUUCUCUUGGUGACAGAAUUUUUAUUUAAAAAUUUUUGGUCAUCGUUCGAAAUCCUUAUGGAGAAUUUUCUGACCCUUUUGAGCCUUUUUUAUUAAUAAAUUUUUUAAUUUUUCAGAUUUUUUCGGUUCAAUUUCUUUUUCUUGGAAUUUUCUCGAAGUCUGUGGAAACAAAAUGGUUUGGAAUCGUUACGAACGCCGUCAUUCCACUUGGCGCAACAACGAAGUUUUUCGAUUAAAUGUUGGAGGAAAAUCUUUUUGUUUUCGCCCGGAUACUGUGCUGGAUCAUAGAGAACCCAAUUCUUUAUUGGCUCGUUUAGUCCGGUUGGAGCAUCAUCAACGCCUUAUGCUUACAGACGGAUUUCAACAUGGAGAAUAUUAUUUGGAAAGAAACUCAAAAGUUGCUGAACAUGUGUUAGACUAUUUUCUUACAGGUAAGCUUCACAAACCUCCCGAAAUUUGCCCUCAACGAUUCAGUGAAGAAUUGCUGUUUUGGAGGUUAACUAGAGUUGAGCUGGCCCCCUGCUGUUCUGUUUUGACGGAUACUCAACAAAAGUUGAAACGUACAUUGGACACUGAACGUCAACUUGAUCAGGUUAAUUGUUGUCGUGGUCUUCGCAAAGUUAUUUGGCAUUUACUUGAAAGCCCUUCCUCUUCUCUUUUCUCAAAAUUAUUUACCCUGCUAUCAGUGAUUUUUAUUGUGGCUUCUGUUGUUGGUCUGGUACUUGGUUCAAUGCCUGAAUUUCAGGCUGAUUCUCGCUUUGCUGAUUCUUACCAUGCUUUGUUGGGAGCAAGGAAAGGUUACAGUUCUAGCAAUUUAAAUGAAAAUAAUAUGACAACUACAACAAUGCCAACAACAUUAAAAAUGAAAAAAAUGAAGUUACCUGUGGGCAGAGAAAAAUUUAAAGAAAAUAAAAAUGGAAGUAAUUUUGUGGAGAGAGCAACAACUACAAGGCCGAGUAGGAAGGAAUCUCCUCCACCAUCACCACAAGUCUUUAUUUAUCGUCCAACAGAUAAUCCACAAAGAUGGUUGGUAAUUCUUGAAAAUUGUUGUAUUGCCUGGUUUACAAUGGACUUUCUUUUACGUUUGUUGGUAGCUCCUCGUCGAUGGCUAUUUCUUCGGCAACCUUUAAAUUUAAUUGAUUUAUUUACUGUUUUACCAUUUUAUUGUGAAUUGGCACUUUCACAAAUGGGUGUUUCUAAUACGGAAGGUUUAAAAGAUUUUGCAGGAGCAAUGCUUGUUAUGCGUGUUUUACGCGUUUUAAGAAUGGCAAGAGUAUUUAAAUUGGCUAGAUAUUCAACUGGACUUCAAGUUUUUGGUGCAACUUUGAGAACUUCAUUGAGGGAGCUUUGUAUGUUGUCAAUGUUUUUGCUUUGUGGAACAAUUUUCUUUUCGACGUUAAUGUAUUAUGCAGAAAAAGAUGAACCUGGAUCUGAUUUUAAAAGUAUACCGGCUGCUUGUUGGUGGUGUAUUAUAACAGUAACAACUGUUGGUUAUGGAGAUUGUCAAAUUUUAAGUUGGGUUGGAAAACUAAUUGCUGGUUUAUCUUCUGUUUUUGGAAUUAUAAUCCUUGCUUUCCCUAUUUCUAUGGUGGUUGAAAAUUUUGCUGUGGCGCAACAAAAAUUAAAGUUGGAAAAUCAAUUGAAAGAAGGUGAGUAAAAUUAAAUUUUAAUUAAAUUUCUACUCCUUGGGAUCGGAAAGGGUCAUAUAAUAAUUUAAAAAUUUUUUUCAUUUUAAAAAAUUGGGCACUAACAAAGGAGAGUGCCUGGGGUGUCCGCGGGACUUCGGCAUGAAAUUUUGCAGACAGAUAGAUCUUACCCUACUAUAGUCAUACCCAACUUAUUUUCCGCUAAAUGGUACAGUGGGCCAAGUUAUAAGCCCCCAAAAUUUAAGGAUCCCCCACAGUUUUCUUUCUUAUAUAUAAAUAAUUUCUUUUUAUUAACUAAUGUGUUCGGCCUUGGCGCAGUG